AUGCUGCUGCCAACGAAGCCCGAAACCCUGUGGCCCGGUGACUUUCAGCAUCGGGCUGCUAUGUCAAUCCAUGGAGCCCACAUACCAGUUUCCUGCAUCGGCUCUUUCGACAUCGCAGGCUUCGGGCGUGCUGCCCAAGCUGCUUGGCUCCUAGACAAGGUUUUCAAGGCGUUUGAGAUUCCAAGCCUGAACUCCAGACUCGCCCAGCUUGAAGAUCUAGAUAUUACGAUCCAGACCUUCCUGGUGGUACUCCUACAGCAAUGCAAUGUCGAUGAGAAAUCGACCGACUUUUGUCAGGCAAUUGCCAUGAGCAUUAGGGCAUUGUUUGUAAUACACAAGCGGCAGACCGCACAGGUCCUCGACUCCGAGCAUCGGUCGACUGAGAAGUGGCAGAAGCGAUCACACACAGUACUGGAUACUGCGACCACGAUGGUUCGAGACAUUGUAGAAGCCCAGGAAGCUCGGACUUGGUACCUCCUAGCUACUCGUAUAUCAUUCGGUCUGCGCUGGAGCAUAUAUAUGCCAGAUCAGAUUGGAAGGAUGACAGCACGCUUCGGAGCGUAG